AUGGUCACGACACAUUCUUCAGAGAAUGAUCAGGCCGUCAUGGAUAUCCUGGGAUACAUAUUCAUUAAUGUGUCAUUGCUUCGCAGAGCUUUGGAGACCUGGAGUCCCGAAUAUCCUGACGGCAACAAAAGCCACGCUCUCCUUGGAGAUGCGGCUAUUGCCCUCGCAUUCCAUUUUGAUGGGUAUUCGAAAAGUUCUUCGCGCGAGUUAAUGACAAACAUCCUCAAUAACCGAGCAUCUAACAACGCUCUGGCUAUCUUGGGACGCUCUAGAGGACUUGACGAGCAUGUCAUCAUCAAUCCGGCACAAUGGGGGAUGGUUUCGAAUAAAACUAUGGCCACUACGGUGGAGGCCCUGAUCGGGGCUGUCUUUCUUGACAGCGGACUCGAUAUAAACGCUGUCAUUGCGGUCAUGAGAAACUUGGGAAUCAUGGAUAGUGCAGAGUGA